CAGAUCUCUCACACAUCUCUGGUCUUUUGACGGUGGCUCAUCUUCCAUAAGAUACCAGAGUCCGGCUGGCGCCUCCGUCUGCCGCUGGGCCAAAGAAGACACAACGGUCAAAUUCUCCCCAGUUGGAAGUGCCUCUUGUAUUUACGGCCCCCUUAACCCUGCUCCACACACAGCCUUGAUCCCAAAUGAGGUCCAAAAAAACAGGCACCAUUCAUUGUUGCAUCAACACCUUAUUGACCUCCGGCUCGCUCUGGUUUGUGAUCACGAGGAGCGGUGAAUAAUGGCAGAUUCUCCGAGGAUUUGUUGGUUUAUAAAGUAUAUUUGAGCAUACCCUGACAGGCGGUAGCAGCUGCUGAGGAACGCAGUGCACCCUGAGGGGAAGCACGAUGAUGAAACCUCAGUGACCUAAUUUACUCCUACGCAACUGCCUGCAAAGAAGUUGCAGAAAGUAUUUAUAUAUGGAUUUUCCUGGGACUUGACAUUGGAGGCAUGAAAAGCUUACUCACUUAAAAAAAAAAAGUAAACACCCCAGGACUAUCUUUUGCAAGUGGGCGGAGGGUUUAAAAUAAAAUCAGCUGUCACUGUAUGCUUGUUGGACAGAAGUGAACACUAAGUACUGGAGCUGGUCUCCAUCGCUGACUGGGAUUUGCUUUUGGCUUGGAAAGACCCUGCAGGCCGGGGGUGCAGUGGCCGUCUCCUGGGAUUUUAUUUGCUGAGUCCAUACUUUUUUUUAUAUCAUUCUUCCCUGCUGCUGGCAGCGCAGGUUAACCAGGGCUGGACAUCCUGAAAGCUUUAAACCAGAGGAAUCAGGAUUCUCUCUGCAGACUCACAAUCAUCCCAGUGGAUUACUGAAGGGCCAUGUACCAGGCAGCUGCUUCCAAGCAAGCAGACAACAGCAUCCCCAGCGCGGUCAUGGAGGAGUCGGAGGUCUGUUCCCUGCCUGGGGGACUCGCGAGGGUGAUAAAACAAUUUGAGACUCAGGAAGCUGCAGCAUCACACACUGUAACCCAGUUCUGUUUUCGAAACCGAACUGUGCAGGAAAUGUCUGAGUCAGAGGUGACAGUGUCAAGUGGCAGCAGGCAGGUCAACCCAGGCAGUCAGCAGCUGCAUUUCCAAGAAUCUGUGGUGUCAUGCUAUGACAACAAUUUGGCAUCCACUUAUGAAAACCAUCAAAAUGAAGCAGACGAAGAGUUUCCCAGGUAUUCCACGAAAGAGCUGAGAGAUCACUUUGAACGGACAAUAGAAGAGGCUGCUUCACACAAACCAAUUAAGAUUGGACGAGACAUCAGUCGAUCUAAGUGGACCUCUCACGUGAGUGAAAGUGAGGAGAUUGAAGCGUCAGCCGCUGAAGCAUUACAGAACACAAUGGCUGCAGUGACGGAUUAUGAGGACCUUCCACCCCCUCCUCCUGAUUUGCUUCAAAUACCACCAGAAAGUGAACAUAUUCCGGCGAGCCAUCACACUCACGAGCCCUCAAACCCAGAAAACCCAUUCAAACAAUCGCACAACAGAGAGGCGUACGUCAAGCAGAGGGGUAUGUCUGAGUUAAAACGCCUUUACAAACACAUUCACCCUGAGGUACGCAAGAACAUCGAGAAGGAGUUCUACAGUGAGUACAGUGAAACAGAGAACAACCAGGUACAGAGGCAGGUGUGUGCGUACGAGGAUGAUGGUGGGAGUCCUGAUGAUAUCUAUGAAGAAGAGUAUGAGGACUGGGAGGAGAUUGUCCCUGGAGAGGUGCAGGCAGUGCGCUGGAUGUUUGAAAAUAAACCUUUAGAUGCCAUUAAAGAUGAAACUCCCGAAGAAGACGAGCAAAACAGGAAAUUUACUGAGCAGGAAAUGAUUUUGGGGAAAGACGUGAGACGCACGGCGUGGAUGUUUGAGACCAAGCCGAUGGACGAGCUGGGCUCAGUGAACACCAACUCCACAGACUAUAAAAACAAGUUCAACAAACUGGAGAAGGGGGACGUCCGCGCUGCGGCGUGGCUGUUCGAAACCCAAACCAUGGACACUCUCAACAAAAUGCACAAGGAGGAGGAUUUGACGAAGGAGAUCGUGUUUACUGAAGAGGACGGGAAUGCUACCAUUUACAUGAUCGACAACAAGUUUAUGGAAGGCCUCGGGCACACUGAGACUGUUGACGAGAGUCGCCUGCUUAGUCUGCGCUCAGUAUUGGAGGAAAUUAACGGGGAAAUCAAAACUGUUACGACCACUUUUGACACUCAGUUUAAAUGUAUCAUCAUGGGACAGUCCAGCCAAAUGCUGGAGGUCAAGUCUGUCCGUAAAAUCGAAACUGAACUGGAGAACUCCAUCGCGUCACGUUGGCUUUUUGAUACCCAACCUUUGGACACAAAAAACAGAGAACCCGCUCCUUUAAAACUGAUUUGUAGUCUAUCCAUGGAGGACAGCAGUAAAGGAGACUGGGGCAGGUGGCUGUUUGAGAUAAAAACAUUAAACUCCCUCAGCGAGUGGGAAAGCUCACAACUGGAGAAGACGGAGAUCAUCGGGGCGGACGUUCGCAAACAUUGCUUGGUCUUUGAAACGCAGCCAAUGGACUCUUUGAAGGAUGACUCCAAUGCCAGACAACAGUCUCUUGAGGAGAUCAUAGGGGGCAAUGUGAGGUCUGCAAGAAACUUUUUUGAAAGCAGCCCUCAAGUCGCCAGGAAGAAUUACCAAGAGGUUGGAAAACUUAAAAAGGCAACAGCAAAUGAAGAAGUAAAAGGAGACGUGAGACACCAGAAGUGGCGUUUUGAAAGUCAACCUCUUGAGCACAUUAGAGAGGAGACGAAAGAAGUGGUCCGCACUGUGAACGUUGACGAAGACCUAACGCAUGAAGAUGGCUCCAGCUGCAGGGCAGAUGUUCGCAGGAACUGCUGGGUGUUUGAGACGCAGCCAAUGGAUACUUUAAAGGAUGACUCAAACGCUCGCCUCCUGACAAAAGAGGAAAUCAUUGCGGGGAAUGUGCAAUCCGCCAGGCAGUAUUUUGAAACGGCCCCAAGUGAGGAGCUGAAGGAGCUGGAUGAGGUGGGCAAACUGAAGAAAAUAGUGGCGCUCCAAGAGGAGAAGGGCGAUGUUACACAUCAGAAGUGGCGAUUUGAAAGCCAACCUCUGGAGCAAAUUAGGGAUGAACAGAAAGAAGUGGUGAGAACGAUCGAUCUGGAGGAAAUCGAUAAGGUGGAUGUGUCAAACUACAAGCAAAUAUUUGAGAGAACAGAGUUAAAAGAACAAAGAGAGGACUCGCAAAAGAUUCUCGUUGAGGGAGUCACGUCAGGCUCUGUGAAAUCCAAUAGAGACCUGUUUGAGUCUUCAGCGUUGUACGCCAUGCAGGACAGCUCGGGACAUUUUCAUGAGGUCAAAACAGUGCGGCGUGAGGAAGUGGUGAAAGGAGACGUCACCACAUACAAAUGGAUGUUUGAAACCCAACCAAUUGAUCAGUUUGACGAAAGCAUUGAAAAAUACCAAAUUAUCAAGGGAAUAUCCAAGCAAGAAAUUGAGUCUGGGGAUGUUAAAACUGCAAAGUGGCUGUUUGAAACGCAGCCCCUCGAUGCAAUCAAGUACUUCAGCAAUAUUGAAGAUGAGGAAACGGUGGGAGUGAGUAAAAACCUCGAUGUUGUGAAGGGGGAUGUGAAAAACUGUAAGUGGCUUUUUGAGACCAAACCAAUAGACACUUUGUAUGAAAGAGUGGAGAAAGAGAAUGUUAACGAAACAGAGGAAGUACGAAAGGGAGACGUCAAAACCUGCACGUGGCUCUUUGAGACGCACACGCUUGACACCAUCCAUGAUGAAACAGUUUUAAAGACAUGCAGCGUACAGCAAGAAGACAUUCGGGGCAAAGAUGUCAAAACGGCUCGUUUUCUUUUCGAGACAGAGAAGCUGGAGGACCUCGCCGGGGGAGAGGCAGGCUCUUAUAAGCGCAUCACGGAGAUUGACAUCGCAUCCGGAGACGUGUCCAGGAUGAAGUAUAUAUUUGAAAACCAAACGUCUGACAUUUUAACCUCUACGUCUGAGGAAGAGAUGCAGAAGCUGAAAAGAGUUCAGACUGAAGACAUCCAAAAAGGAAAUGUUGUGACCUGCAAGUGGCUCUUUGAAAAUCAGUCUAUCGAUGCUAUUGGCCUUCAAGACAAUGAAGCGGAAUCUGUGAGCAGCAGAACAGUGAACGACAUACAAGGAGGGGAUGUGAACAAGAGUCGCUUCAUUUUUGAGACUCGUUCUCUGGACACCAUCCAGAACGUUUCAUCUGAGACAGACAUUCACAAAAUCAUCCGCGAGGAGGAUGAGAGGGGGGAUGUGAGAAACUACACUAUGAUGUUUGAGACUCAGCCCCUUUAUGCCAUUCAGGACAAAGAAGGGCAUUACCACGAGGUCACCACCGUCACCAGCGAGGAAGUGAAGGAGGGGAACGUUUUAGGAACCCGGUGGUUGUUUGAAACAAAACCCCUGGAUGCCAUAAAAGACACAGAUGAGGUGUAUGUCAUAAAGUCUGUCACUCAACAAGAUGUGCAAAAAGGAGACGUCACCUCUGCCAAAUGGAAAUUUGAGACACAACCGCUGGACAGGAUUGCUGAGGAAAAUAAGUCAGUGAUAAAAACUGUGGAGGACAUUCAAGGUGGCAAUGUUAGACUGAACAAACAUCAUUUUGAGACUGACACCUUGUCUCAAGAAUCCGUUAGAACUGUAAAUGUCAGUGAAAUACAAAAGGGCGAUGUUAGGACUGCAAAAUGGAGGUUUGAAACCCAAUCCAUCGACAAAAUAAGAAGCAUGAGCUCUGAAAACCUCAUAGAAACGGUCAAAAAAGAGGAGUUUGAAAAGGGAGAUGUUCAACAUUCAGUCUGGCUUUUUGAGAAAAAGCCUCUUGACCACAUAAAAGAGGCCGACGAGGAUGAGAGCAAAGCUGCGACUCAAGAGGAGAUUCCCAAAGCAGACGUGAAGACAGCAACAUGGCUCUUUGAAACCACGCCGUUUGAUGAGUUUCACGAGACUAAAACGGAAAAAACGGAAAUAGUGGGCAAAAGUGUGAAGGAAACCCUCGAGGAACUCUACAGCCAGAAAAUGGUGAGGUCAAAGGGAAUACUCAUUGAAGCUGAUGAAAUUGGAGAUGUGAGGAUGGCAAAGUACCAGCUCAUGAAUAAACGGGCUCCCAAGAUUCAACGAGAGGAGGUCAUCCGAGGGGAUCUGCAGAAUAUUAUGAUGAACUUACUGAACAGACAAGAGACGACAGAGCAGCAAAUAGUUAUAGAUUCAGAGGAGAAAGGUAACAUCAGUUCAACAGUAGAGCAACUAUUCAGACAAGAGAGGUCAAGCAAUGUGGAAAAGGAGGAAAUAAUGCGCGGUGACAUUCAGGAAGCCCUUCACAACCUCUUCAACGAGAACCUAUCAACAAAACGAGGAAUACUCAUCCAGGAGGAUGAGAAAGGAGAUGUACAGAUGACAAUAUAUUCUCUUCUAAACAAACAUGACAGCAUGAGUGUGGAAAAGGAGGACAUUGUAAAAGGAGAUGUUAGGAGUGUUCUUGAGAGGCUCUCUAGUCCAGACAGUCUUGAUCAGGCAGUGAAGAUAAAGAUAGAUGACACUGAGAAAGGAAAUGUUCAGUUUUACUCGACUUGCAUCGAAUCCGGAGCUCUCAAUUAUCUCAAACAGCUGCAUUUGGAACCCGACGAGACUCUAACCGACGCGGAUAAAAAGGAGAAAAUUGUUGGCGGUGACAUUAAAGGCACAAAGCUCAUCCUAGGCCGUAAUCAAACACAAGUUGAACGCACAGUGGAGGACGUCAUACCAGGAGACGUGCACAACGCGGUGAAGGUUUUCAUGUCUGAGCCAGCCACGUCUGCAGAAAAGAUCCAAAAGGAGGAGAUAGUCAAAGGCGAUUUAAGAGCCGCUUUGAACUCGUUGUCAGAAUCAGGAAGGCAGACAGUCGUCGUUCAGAAAGAGGAGGUGGUGAAAGGCAACAUCCCAAAAGCUCUCCGGUGCUUGGAGAGGGCUCAGAGAAACCAUAAGGAGGUGGAGAAGCCGGAUAUAGUCCCUGGAAAUGUCAGAGGGGCUAUGAGAUCUCUGGAGAAAUCAGCCACAUCUAGAGUGGAAUGCCUCGUUGAAGAUUUAGUUCCAGGAGACGUGAAGGCCACGCUGAGAUCUCUGGAGCAGGCAAAGCGUGCAAAGAAGGAAGUGGAAAAAGAAGAAAUUGUGAAAGGGGACAUUCACACAGCAAUGCAGAGUCUACAAGACGCCUCCAACGAGAAGAAGAAGUGUCAACAGGAGAUAGAUGUUCAGGGAGACGUCAGAGGAGCAAUUCAGAUCUUCAUGGACCCCCCGCCGUCUCCAAGGAUGCAAAGGGCCGUAAGUCUCGAAGAUGAAGUAAAGGGGGAUGUCAAGAUGUCGAUUAAGUCAUUAUACGAGACGCAGGAGCAAACACAGUUGGAAAAAGAAGAGGUGAUAAAAGGGGAUGUUAAAGGCACCAUUAAAUCUCUGCUGGAAACGGCCCAGAGAGAAACGUCUAAGGUCAAGCACGGAGCGUACAGGAGAGUCCGGGUGAAGCAGAGUCCUCCAGUGAAAAACCUGAAGACUGACGUGCAGAGGAGCGCGCAAAAGAUCAAAACAGCAAAACUGGUUGAAGAAUCCAAAGAGAUCCGUUCCAUCCAAAAUGUAACUGUUGUGCAAAAAUCCACUGAGGUGGAGCACAAGACAAUCACCCAAAACCACGGCAUCAAAACGCUGAAGACAGAGUUCCGUAACCUCAAAUCCGGCUCCAAGGGGGCGGCAAAACUGGGCAAAACCAAAGUGAAAACAGAUGUUUUUGUGAUAAAGUCCCAAACCCCAGAGCCUGAUCUGCCUCUCCCACCCCCACCUCCACCUUUAACUGACUCUGACCUCCUUCCUCCCCCUCCCAGUCCUCUCCCUCUCUCUGCUGACCCUGACAUUGAUCACCUUCCUCCUCCUCCACCACCUCCACUCACCUCUGAGCAGGACGCCCUCCCACCACCACCAUCUCAACAAGAGCUGGACAGCAUGCCGGCGGUGGACUUUCAGCCUGCAAAAGCGAAAAGGAUGACAGUCAAAAAGGUAAAAGUGCCAGCUUUGCACCCAGUUCCAAAGCUGGAGCCUAAAGUGGAAGUUAUUAAGUCCCAAAAAGUGCAGGUGACGUCUGAGACAAGAAAGGAAAUGAGUCAGAAAACACAACAAUCAAAAACCAUCCCACCGGAAGUUCCUUUGCUCCCAGAGUCCCCCCGACCACUAAAGAAAGUUUACAUUGCUCCUGUGAAAUUCACUCCUCCGCCCUCCCCUCCCCCCUUCAUGAGAGGGAAAAUGACCAAAUUUAACACGGCGUUGAUAAAAGCUGAAGAAAAGUACAGGAAGCUGAAGGAGGAAAACACACCACCAAGCACUCCACCUCCCACUCUCACACAUGACUCGGUUAGCGCUGCUUUUGAAAUGCUUUCAACUAAAGAGGCAUCAUAUUUCACAAGCUCAGGAAUUUCAGAGGAGACGGAAGCUCCUGCUCAUUCAGAAACCCUGCAGUGUGACUUAACCACGCAGGCUGUUGUCUCAAACAACAGACGAAGCAACACCAGCAAACACAAAAAAAUCACUGCAGAUUCCACAAGUACGUCUUCUGCAAAACAGCAAAUUUCUUCUAAUGAGAUGUCUCAGGUUGCCACUAUUCAAAAGACCUCAUCCGUCUCUACUGUAAGACAACAAGUUCAAACGACUACACAGAAAACCGUUUCUGCUUCCUCCAAAGAGUCCGCUUCAUUUGUUGUGUCGGAAAAACUUCAGAGCACCGGCACUCAUGAUGCACAAAAGGAAAAUAUUACUUUACAUCCGAAGAAAGAUGGUAAAAAUAAUAAACCGAAGAGCUCUGCCAAACCAGAAACAGAAACAUUGGUGAUACCCAUCAAUCUUUCAAAAGACGGAAAUGACAGCUCUCUCAAAGCGGAAGAGAUCAAGUCAAAGGGUACUAAUAAUACCAACAUAAAUAAACCAAAUGAUUUUCCUGCAGAAAUUCAAGCCUCCAGCCCUCCAAAGCAGACAGAGAAAGACUCUACAAAUGGAAAAACAAGCAAACUGACUCAAAAAGGUAAAAAGAGCACCAAACAAGAAAAACAAGAAGAGAUAAAGAUGUCCAGUGAGACGGAGCAGACAAAUGUUUCACAGGUGGAAGUUAAGAAAACUGAACAGUUCACACAAGAGACUGAGAAAAACACUCUGUCCUCUCAUACUGCUGCUGCUGCUGCUACCACAUCUACAAGCAACACUGUCAGCCAGCCAGAGACUACAACCCCAACAAAGAAGAAAAAGAAAUCGAAAAAGUCUAAAAGUGGAGCACAGUCGGGUCAAGGUAGAGAUAAUCUCACCGAGUCAACAACAGAAACCGAAAACAAGAAAGUAGCUGAAAAAAAUGACCAAACUCAGGAAAAAACUGCAGUAACAGAAGUGAAGGUAGAGCACAUUCAAGUCAAAAGUAAAGUAUUAACCACCAUCAACAAAGAGAGUCUUAAUAUUGAAAAUGUUUUAAAGGAAUCUCAGAAGAAAGAAGCUAAUCAGAACUUUAACGAUCUACUAAAAGAUACAACAGCAGAUGAGUCCAAAUCAAGUGAACAGGCAGAAGGUUCAACAGAAGAUGGAGAAAAAUCCCAAAGACACGAUGUCCAAGUGUUAAUCUCCCACAUUUCAGAGGCACAAAGUUUUUCAGAGAAAACUAACUUUCAAUCUGUUGAGGAUUUGCUAAAUAGUGUGCCAGAGUGUUUCAGUUCUCAAGAGAGAAAACAAGAGUUGGAAGGAACAUCAGUGGCUGAGAAAAAUGAGGAAAUUCCCAAAGGUGAGGAACAAACAUUGAUGAAUGUCGCUGAGGAAACAAGAGAGAAGCAUGAGUGUGAGUCAGUUAUUGAGAUUGCAAUUUCUGGCGCAGCUUCAGUCAUCUCUGGUUCUUUCAAAGAGGAGAGUGAAACUCAGAAAAUGGGCUCUCACGGUGACAAAAAAGAGGAGGAAAGGAUCUGCAAGCUCGUCGACCUUCGAUCUCCCUCUCCGUCCCUCAGGAUGAGCUCUCCGUCGCCAACUUUUAUCACCAUUGAGUCCACGAGGAGGACCGACUCUCCCCAAAGGGUCACUCCAUCACCCACUCUGCUUCACAGGCCGCCCACGCCUCCAACUCCUCCACCGCGGCGGUGUGACACCCCGACAUCCCGCCUCAACAGGAUCACGCCUUCCCCGACUUUUGACAGAGCUGAAAAUUUAGCCCGGCUCAAGGACACGACGGCCAAACUUUUGCGCGGCGUCACCCCACCGCCGCUUUUCACCAAUCAAAUCCCAGAGAAGAAAUCCGAGAUCGUUGAACCGCCCGCCUCCUUUCAACGGCAAAUCAGAGUGGAUAGCCAAGUUGCAGCAGCUGAAACGACGAGGCGCAAAAGAUGCUUAUCUGACACGACUCAUUUUUCUGAGGAUAGAACUCAGAACUUGAGCGCUGACAAAACACGAAGUCGGUCUGAGACAUGUGUGGCCCUCGGUCAAAACACUUCAAAUCUAGAUGAGGCAUCAGAUGAUCUGGAAUUGUCUUCCGCAUCUGUCAAAGAAAGGAAAGAAUUUUUUGAGGAGGCACAGAAAGCUAAAAGCAACAAGACAUACGUGCGGAAGGAACCCAUCUCCAUCCCGGAGCGACUAGGCCCAGAUAUGGAGGAGUGUCAGGAAGAGCGGGAGAACAAAGAGAAAGAGGAGACUCCUAAGGCAGACUUGUCUAGUCUUGUAAACAAAUUUGAAUCUCAAGAAGAUAAAUUAAGUAACAAAAAAGAGCCUUUGUCACACACAGAGAGUCUUCACCCUGAAGAUUGGGACAAAGAGAAAGCAGACAUAUUGGGAAAAGAACUGCCAACUUUUGACAUCCAGGCUAUUAAAAAUGUUUUUGAACUGACUGAGCAGAGUUCUGCCUUCAGAGAGGAGAAAAGGGAUCAGGAGGAGCUCAUGUCUAGUCUUAGUGAAACAACGGCAGACACUUCAAAGCAGGAAAGUCGUCAGGAGACAAAAGGAGGCUCAAGGCAGAGCACCCCCCUCCCUGUGCAGGAAAAUGAGAAAGCACCCACUCAAGCUCAACCUUUAGCUUUCUCUGAAACCAAAUCCGUCACGGAGAGCUUCUCGGAGGUUGAUGAAUUUGGUAACAAGGUCACAGGAAGGGUGACCGCUGUCACGGAGCACUCCGAGAGCCUCUCCGCCACGGUCGCACCAUUCUCCUACGCUGACGCCGUGAAAAAAAAGGCUGCCAGGAGAACUCAGACGUACGAUGAAGACGCUACGGAAAAGCUGCUGAAAAAUUUCCACAAAACGUGGACGGAGAGCGAGACGGUUUUCAAGAGUCUGGGCUACACCGUUUCUGAGGAGACGUCGUCACAAGUUGUGUCUCGACAGACGUUUUCAUCGGGUUCGAGUUCCGAAGUCGGAGCUUUGCACAGUAUGCCGGAAGAGAGCUUAUCCGAUGGAUGCUCUGAUAGUGGACAAAAAAAAGUACCAUAAGUCUUGUUUCUGCUGUGAGCACUGCAAAAAUAAAUUAAG